CACCGUUUCAGUAAUAUUCGAACGAAUCAGUUCCCUCGCUUUUCACGACGGUCACUUUGGCAUCUGCCGUCCGCCGCGCACUCCGCCGCCCACCAUGAUGUCCAUCACGAUUCCUCGGGACCCCGACGCCAUCGGCAACGACAACGUCAGCCUUGUAGACCGCGCGUCGACCCGGUCACCGACGUUCACCAUCUCAUCGUUGCUGAACCCUGUCGCGUACAAGCAACAACAGCUUGACAUGGCCACGACGAGCAUCGGCGCGUCCGCGUUCGCGAAGGAUCUCACCGGUGCGUACGGUCUCUUAGACCUUCGCCGUGACGCCGAGUGCUUCCUCUCGAGCUGCAGACGAGAAGCCACUGUCGGUGGCCUUUGCGUCGAACACACGUGCAAAGUCCAAGGAUGCCGCAACUUUUCGAUCCACAACGACAUGUGCCAAUUCCACAACACUGGCGUCACGGAUGGCAACGACGAUGGCGCGCUAACCACUCCACGCAUGCGCCCUGGUGCCUUCCGUUUGCAUCAUAACCAUCUCCCGUCGCUUGAUGUCACGAGUCCAAUGGGCAAAUCGUCCGCUGUAUCCCUUGCCGCCGCGAGCGUCCUUCUUGCCAACAGCAGCGCGUCGAAAACGUACGUUCGUAGCCGUUACUGCAAAAUCUCCGAGUGCCAUAAACUUCGCCACAAGAAUGGACUGUGUGUUGCCCACGGUGGUGGCUGGUACUGCAAAGUCGACGGCUGCACCAAACAUUCCAAGGCCAAGGGCUUGUGCAGUGCGCAUGGCGGUAUCCAUUACUGCCGCAUCGAUGGAUGCACCAAGUACCGGAAGAAGAAGGGUCUGUGCAUUGCCCAUGGUCGCGGGUUGUUUGGUCGAAGCGACAGCAUGGGCAGCGACGACGACGAGUAAGUUGUCUCGGCCACCACCUGCCACCACUAUUUAUCUUCUCCAUCCGUCCCCUCGAUCGAAUGUGUAUUUAAAACUGUGUGAUCUGUCCUGUUGUAAUUCACAUGUAAAUAUUCUGUGCACCGCGCGUCGCCGAGUCAUCGACCCACGCGAGCCGUUCCUGCAAUGGAUGGACAUGCGCACCCUGUU